AUGGAGCUGUCGACUGUGCUGAUCAUCACGGCCCUUUUCCUCGUUUUCCGCUUCGUCCAGUCGCAACGAGCUGCAAGAACCCCAAUGCCUUCACACGGAAAGGUCGCCGACAUCGACAACGAUGUCAUCUUCAAAGCCCUAGUCCACGCGGGUCCCGCUGUCGUCGACUUCUACGCCACCUGGUGUGGUCCCUGCCGCGCCGUUGCUCCCAAGGUCGGCGAGCUGAGCGAGAAAUAUGAGAAUGUGCGCUUCGUGUCUGUCGAUGUGGAUAAGCUACGCGGUGUCGCGACUCAGUUCAACAUCACUGCGAUGCCGACUUUCGUUAUUAUGAAGGAUGGCGCUGAGGUCGAGCGGGUUCGUGGUGCGGAUAUCCGGGCUCUGGAGGCUGGUAUCCAGAAGGUCGCCGCGUAG